AUAAUAAGCCAAGUCCCCAUCCACACCCUUCUACUCUUCUUCAAUCUAUCUCACACACCUCUCUCUUUCUCUCUUCCUCUCUCCUAAAAGAAGAAGAAACUAUGUAUCAAGAGGCUCAAAGAAGAACUCAUGACAGGAAGCUCUCUUCUCUCCUGCUCUCCAAGGAGAACUUGGAGAGCAGCUCUUCCUUAAGAUUCUACUACGCUGUCUCCACCGUUGCUGUCCCCUUCUUGUGGGAAUCUCAGCCCGGCACGCCGAAGAACACCAUGGCCACCUCCACCGUCCCACCACUUACUCCUCCGCCUUCCUUCCACUCGAUCACCUCCAACAAGAAGAUGACUAUGAGUACAAGAUCCCACAAGAGCAAGCUCAUCAAGCUAAGAAAGCCAAGCUUGUCUUCAUCUUCUUCUUCAUCUUGGUUUUCUUCUAACUCUCAGGAGUUGGAGGUGAGAGCAAGAAGGGGUUUCCACUCUAAGGGUAUGAUUAAGAAUAUGUUGUUGAUGAUUGUUGCAUGUGCUAAAUUCAUGUAGAGUACUGUUUUAUAUGAAGUAUGUUAUAUGGUUAUUAUGUUUUAUUGGGUAUUAUUAUGUAUGGAAUAUUUUAUUAUAAACAUUUUAUACAUAAUAAUAUGUAGUGAUGGAAUGGUUUUUCAUAGUUGAGAGGUUUGGAUUUGUAAUGAUCUUUCUUCUUACCUACACUCUUGUUUCUUUUUUC